GCCGGCGGGGCGCGUCCCGGGCCCGGAGCCAUGACGGUGCCCCGGGAGAUGCCCGAGAAGUGGCCGCGGGUCCGGGGACCGGGGGGAGCCGAGGAGGAGCGCCGGGUGCGCGCCAACGCACGGGAGUACAACGAGAAGUUCCAGUAUGCGAACAACUGCAUCAAGACCUCCAAAUACAACAUCGUCACCUUCCUGCCUGUCAACCUCUUCGAGCAGUUCCAGGAAGUGGCCAACACCUAUUUCCUUUUCCUCCUCAUUCUGCAGCUGAUCCCGCAGAUCUCCUCACUCUCAUGGUUCACCACCAUCGUGCCUUUGGUUCUCGUCUUGACCAUCACGGCCGUCAAAGAUGCCACCGACGACUACUUCCGCCAUAAGAGCGACAACCAGGUGAACAACCGGCAGUCUCAGGUGCUGAUCGGCGGAGUCCUUCGUCAGGAGCAGUGGAUGAACGUCCGCGUUGGGGACAUCAUCAAGCUGGAGAACAACCAGUUUGUGGCGGCUGACCUCCUCCUCCUCUGCAGCAGCGAGCCCCAUGGGCUGUGCUAUGUAGAGACUGCCGAGCUGGACGGAGAAACCAACAUGAAGGUGCGACAGGCCACCCCCGUCACCUCAGAGCUGGCAGAUAUCAGCACACUGGCACGGUUCGAUGGCGAGGUGAUCUGCGAGCCCCCCAACAACAAGCUGGACAAGUUUGGCGGGACGCUGUACUGGAAGGAGAACAAAUACCCCCUGAGCAACCAGAACAUGCUGCUGCGGGGCUGCGUGCUGCGCAACACCGAGUGGUGCUUCGGCCUCGUCGUCUUCGCAGGGCCGGACACGAAGCUGAUGCAGAACAGUGGGCGGACCAAAUUCAAACGGACGAGCAUCGACCGGCUGAUGAACACCCUGGUGCUGUGGAUCUUUGGGUUCCUGGUGUGCAUGGGGGUGAUCCUGGCCAUCGGUAACGCCAUCUGGGAGCACGAGGUGGGCGUCUGCUUCCAGAUCUACCUGCCCUGGGACGAGGGGGUGCACAGCGCCGUCUUCUCCGGCUUUCUCUCCUUCUGGUCCUACAUCAUC